CCCACGUUGGCUGCUGCGGAGAGCGCAGCGCGGAGAGGCGGGAGGCUGCGAAUUGCGUCGCGGACGCCGCGUCCACUGCUCCGUGCCUCGGCCCCCUUCCCUCCUGCCCCUUCUGUGAGAGGGGUUUGCAGGGCAGCCGGGAGAGCACCGAACGGAAAGGAAGAGCCUUGACGCCCCCGCUUGGGGAGCCGAGCAGCGCGGGGAGAUUUUGAGGGGAAGCGACAGUGCCCGAGGGCGGAGGGGCGAGGAGUUUGUGAGCGAGAAGGGAGUUGAGCCUCGCGGAGAAGAUUGGCAUCCCCGGACUCCUGGUCGCCGCAGCCCGGGUCCUCCGGCCGGGCAAACUUCACAGCGGCUGAGCGACACCGGGAAAGCGUGCGCGGGGAUGCUGCCUGGCGUUCCCCCCAGCUGGUGAGCGGCCCCACUCCCCGCCGCCCCGGGCCCCACUCAGCCACCCAGGAGGGCGCGGGACAGCGCACGUGCGCGGGCAGCGAGGCCCGAGAGCGACCCCGCGGUGACCUGCCCAGGGUCAAGGGCGCCGGCUGCAGAGCAGCUUGGACUCGGACGCACCUGGCCCGGACCUUGCGCUUCUGGAGACCAGCGCGGGAGUGCGGUCCUCCGGCCCCCUUCGCCUUCCCUGCAUCCUGGGCAAUUGGGGGCGCCCCAGUGGACCAUGAGAGAUAAGGACUGAGGGCCAGGCAGGGGAAGCGAGCCCGCCGAGAGGUGGCGGGGGCGGUUCACGCCAAGGGCCACAGCGGCCGCGCUCCGGCCUCGCUCCGCUGCUCCACGCCUCGCGGGGCCCACGAGGCCAGCCCGGCCGGGCAGGGAUGCCGGGGCUGGGGCGGAGGGCGCAGUGGCUGUGCUGGUGGUGGGGGCUGCUGUGCAGCUGCUGCGGGCCCCCGUCGCUGCGGCCGCCCCUGCCGGCCGCCGCCGCCACCGGCGGGGGUGCGCUGCUGGGGGCUGGCGGGAGUCCGGGCCACGCGGAGCAGCCGCCGCCGUCCUCCUCCUCCUCCUCCUCGGGUUUCCUCUACCGCCGGCUCAAGACGCACGAGAAGCGGGAGAUGCAGAAGGAGAUCCUCUCGGUGCUGGGGCUCCCUCACCGGCCCCGGCCCUUGCACGGCCUCCAGCAGCCGCCGCCUCCUGCGCUCCCGCAGCAGCAGCCUCGCGGGGAGCCCCCUCCCGGGCGGCUGAAGUCCGCGCCCCUCUUCAUGCUGGAUCUGUACAACGCCCUGUCUAACGACGAGGACGAGGACUGGCCGUCGGGCGAGGGGAGGCGGCAGCCCUGGCCCCGGAGAGGAGCCAGCGCGUCCCAGCCCAGGCAGCCGCCCCCCGGAGCUGCGCACCCCGUCAACCGCAAGAGCCUUCUGGCUCCGGGACUCGGCGGCAGCGGCACGUCCCCACUGGCCAGCGCGCAGGACAGCGCCUUCCUCAACGACGCGGACAUGGUCAUGAGCUUUGUGAACCUGGUGGAGUACGACAAGGAGUUCUCCCCUCGCCAGCGACACCACAAAGAGUUCAAGUUCAACUUAUCCCAGAUUCCUGAGGGUGAGGCGGUGACGGCUGCAGAAUUCCGAAUCUACAAGGACUGUGUUGUGGGGAGUUUUAAAAACCAAACUUUUCUUAUCAGCAUUUAUCAAGUCUUACAGGAGCAUCAGCACAGAGACUCUGACCUCUUUUUGCUGGACACCCGCGUAGUGUGGGCCUCAGAAGAAGGCUGGCUGGAAUUUGACAUCACGGCCACUAGCAAUCUGUGGGUCGUGACCCCACAGCACAACAUGGGGCUUCAGCUGAGCGUGGUGACUCGGGAUGGACUCAGCAUCAACCCCCGCGCUGCGGGCCUGGUGGGCAGAGAUGGCCCGUAUGACAAGCAGCCUUUCAUGGUGGCCUUCUUCAAAGUGAGUGAGGUCCACGUGCGCACCACGAGGUCAGCCAGCGGUCGGCGUCGCCAGCAGAGUCGCAACCGCUCCACCCAGGCCCAGGACGUGUCCCGGGCCUCCAGUGCUUCAGAUUACAACAGCAGUGAGUUAAAAACAGCCUGCAGGAAGCAUGAGCUUUAUGUGAGCUUCCAAGACCUGGGAUGGCAGGACUGGAUCAUUGCACCCAAGGGCUAUGCUGCCAAUUACUGUGAUGGAGAAUGCUCCUUCCCACUCAACGCACACAUGAAUGCAACGAACCAUGCGAUCGUCCAGACAUUGGUUCACCUUAUGAAUCCUGAGUAUGUCCCUAAACCGUGCUGUGCGCCAACUAAACUAAAUGCCAUCUCGGUUCUUUACUUUGAUGACAACUCCAAUGUUAUCUUGAAGAAAUACAGGAAUAUGGUUGUGAGAGCUUGUGGAUGCCACUAACUUGAAACUGCUUGCUGGGGUCAGAGGUCCUGCCUUGGAUUCCUAGCUGACACCUGCCUUAAACAGCACACUGACACAGUGGAAGUGGGAUGAUGACUUUGAAACCAUCUCUUGCCGGUUGGUGCCUUACUGCCCAAGGAAGACUUUAAAGGGCCUCAGUAGUGAUUUGCCCGUGUAGUAAAGAACGUGAGUAGUUGGUCUGUAGGCGGCUAUUUGAAUGUCUGUAGUACGGAAUCUGGACGUUGCAGAAAUAUAACUUUGAAGGGUUCCUCUUCCCCCAUAAAAGCCCACCAAAAUUAGUGUUAGCUUUAUAUCAAGCUAUUUGUGGUAUUACUGAGCGAACAGGGAAAAUAAUUUU